AUUCUAAUUGACCAACCAUAAGCUUGUAGAUAAAGCCAGGGAAUCAAUUUGACUAGUUAUAUAUGAAUUCACUCGGGCAGGAAGAAAGAAAAUCUGAGUAAGAAUGGAAGAAGUAAAGCUAAUAGGAUUUUGGCCUAGUCCUUAUGUUUACAGAGUUAUAUGGGCUCUGAAACUCAAGGGUAUCAAAUAUGAAUAUUUAGAAGAGGAUAUAUUUAACAAGACUGAAUUGCUUUUGAAGUACAAUCCAGUGCAUAAGAAGGUUCCUGUGCUUCUUCAUGGUGGAAAACCCAUCCCGGAAUCUACUGUUAUUCUCGAAUACCUUGAAGAGAAGUGGCCACAGAACCCCUUGCUUCCAGAUGAUCCUCAUGAGAGAGCUGUGGCUCGGUUCUGGACUAAGUUUGGAGAAGACAAGAUUAAAAUCUUUUUAAGCUUCUAUGUAACUUGUGGAGAAGAACAAGUGAAAGCCACAAAAGAAGUGCAAGAACUUCUGAGAAUCCUAGAAGAGCAUGGUCUUGGAGAGAAGAAGUAUUUUGGUGGCAAUAAAAUAGGAUUGGUCGACAUAGCUUUUGGGUGGAUAGCUUGCUUUCUGGAAUUUCUGGAACAAGCAGCUGGGGUCAAAGUGUUGGAAGACAAUAGCUUCCCUCGUUUACAGGCAUGGAUCAAAAACUUCAACGAAAUUCCAGUGGUUAAAGAGAGCCUUCCUGAUCGCAAUGCACUGUCAACAUAUUUCAAGGGAACAAGAGAAUUCUUGCUCUCCUCAGCAGCAUCAUAUACAUCAAUCAGCUUGGUUUGUAAUUCAAUAGCUUGUGUUCUCUCAUUCCCUGAAUCUAAUUCUCAAGUUUUGUUUUUCUACAAAUAAGUUUGCAUGGCUGAGUGCAAAAGACAGGGCACUGUGACUGGCAUUUUACUAGAUGUACAGUUCUGCUGUACAUGUAGAGGUUUGCUAUUAUGUAGUUUUUUUUUUUUUUUUUCUUAUUCUCACUAAAAAAUGGCGAGUGAUGACUACGAGACCAAUUUCUAGAUAAAAUAUGAGAGCCAAAUAAAUUGAUUUUUCCUUCUUUUUU